AUGAAAGCCAUUCUUGAUAAAUGUAUCCAAGUAAAAUCUAUACAAGUUAAAAAGGACAAUGGAAAAAAAAAAGGUACCACUUCAAUUACUUAUGUGAUAUUCACCGAUGACUGUCUAUGGCAAUUACAACUACCAAAAAGUGGCAAAUACUUGCAGUUGGCCAUAAGUAGGUUGAUGUCAGAAAGCAAUUAUUUCGGACACUUAACAUCUAACACUAUAAGUGAAAACUCGCUGUUUAAUAUUUCAUGUGAUAUUACUACUGACUUCUUGAAAUGUAUAGAAAGAUGGUUUGAGAAGGAAUUAACAGAUAUUAUGAAACUGCUAUUGAAUUUGGAGCAACUCUUGCAUUACGUUUGCAUGAAUAUUGGCUUAGGGGAUUUGGUUUUCUCUGUAGGUGUGUAUGAUCUGAUGAAGGAUAAAAUUCUUAUAAGUAGCAACUCGCAGUUAGAAGAUUCGAUGGACUCUGAUGCAGUAGAAUUGAAAGAUGUACUCAAAUGCCCGUACCUUAUUAAGUGA